GGGAUCAAUCAGUUGGACUAUUGUAGAUGAUGAUGGAGAGUCCUUGGAGGAUGAAGAUCCAGAAACAAGCUGGGUACUGAUUCAAGAGAAUGAUCUCAUAGCACUGUUCUCACAGUUUCCAUUUGAUGCCAUUUUCAAGCACUUACUCAAAAUGGACCCAAACAUUCCUAAUGAUUGUCUAAUCGAGUCACACUACCAUGUGGAGCACACAUCAAGCCGCGAUAUAAUGAGAAUGUUGGCUUUUGCAUCUUGUGUUGUAUGCGUCAUGGGAAGGGCAUUCCGAACUUAUGAGAAAGUGCGCUAUAGAGCAUUUGUCAAAAGAGUGGGACGAACUAUAAGGCAGGUUGUACAGUAUGUUCUGGACCACUGGUCAGAUUUUCGAAGUUGGAGAGUGAAUGUAUGUGGAGAAUCUGAGAAUGCCAUUCCAGAUUCUUUCCAUUCUGGUAAUCAAUACUCAUUACAAAGACUUCAAGUAGAGGUUGAUCAGUUCUUUCUCCGUGCUGCACAACAGAUCAUUUCUGCACACAGGCUGGGUGCUUGGCAGUUUUUGGCAGAUAUGCCCUUUCGCAGUGUUUCCUCCAAAACUCUCUGGAAGUUGUUUUGGGCACUCCAUGUAGAUGUCACCAAACUUGAUUCUGUAGAGAGCAUUAACCAAGAAGAUUCCAUGAGGGAGGAUUGGAGAGAUGUACUGGAGAGUAGACAGGGGGAAUUUACAGACCAACUGGCCAGAAUGUCACAGUCAGAAGCCAUAUUUUUGCUUACUACAUUUACUAACAUUGCCACAUCCAGAGAUCGCAAGGAAAGGGAGCUAAUAGAAGCCAUUAGCACAGAGGUUUACAAGGUUUCCUUCAUAGCCAGUCAAACCAGGGAGUCAUCUUCUAAGACUGGAAGACAUCUUCUGGGAACCAUUUCUAGUGUCCAUCCCUUUGUGAUAUCGGUUUUGCUUGAGAAUGUCAGUGCCACACUGGAUAUUAUUGGGAAGGCUUGUGUCUACCUGUUCAGUGGUUUAUCAGUUCAUCUGUGGCAUCCAACAUACAGGAACAUGGACUGCAUUAAAUCCUGGUUGUUGAAAGCUGAUUUGUCCUCUCCAGAAAAUCAGCUUGCGCGUUAUAUUAUUUCAAACUUAAACUGGGGACAAAUGGGAGAGUCAGGAGAGGGUGAUAAACUGUUUUUGCACCAGUGCUGGCACAGGGCUGUGGCAGUGUCACUAGUGGAGGUGUCAGCGCUUCGUUUACCCAAAAUGCCAGGAGGAAUAUCACAUGAGGCAUUUAAAGAAGACACUGGACUUCUUAAACAGGUGACACUGAUUGCUACAACGUCGUACAAUCGACUGAUGCAGCCAAAUUAUGAGCAGCAGCUGUAUGACUGGCUGUGGGAAGUCAUGCUCUCUCUAAGGCUUCACCCAGCUGAUCUACCAACACCAGUCAUGCAGUUCACUCAGCGACUUCCAAAUGAAGAUGAGUUAGAAGCAAGUGAAGAAGGAGGACCAGGUUUUGCGAGCCUCGUGAAGUCGUUGUCAAAAGAAACACUUGUGCUUCCUAAUGAGAGUUCCCUUUCAAGUAUGACUCAUGCUAUUAAGGCCAGUGGACAACUUGCUAGUUAUGCUGCGGUAGCAAUGACUACUAUUGGUACCAGUCGUGAUCUCUUUUUGGGUGAGGGUCUGGAUUACUUAACCGUCAUAUUAAAUGAGAGGUGUUUUGAUGCAGCGCUGAGGAUUAUUGCGAAUGUGACACCCAUGUUUUUUGGUUGCCAUGAGAAACUUACACAGGAAGCAAGGUUUGUGACAGCAAUCCAUCGUUUGAGCCAACUUGACAAUGACAACGCAGGUUAUGCUGAAAAACUACUUCAAGCGUCCACUGUGGGCCCGUACUGUAAGAGGCUGGUGGGAAUUAUUCAGGGCCAUGUUCAGAAGUUUCAAGCUCCUGGUAUGGUUGGCUCAAUAAGUGUGGUGGAAUUCUGGUUACUUACGUUGUGCACGCUGCCAUACUGGUACAGAGAUGUUAGUGUACAGUUUCUUAUUGAUAACCUGAUCAAAAUAGCUUUGAGAAUUGAAGGCAGCCUUUCCGUGAUACAAACCCACCUUAUGGAUGCUUACAAGGUGCUGCUCAGAGAAACCGGAAGUCAAGGAGUGAUAGCGUCUCUUUUCUCAUGGGUGACUUCAAGUAGUACUGCUCCUCCUGUGCUGUGGGAAAUUAAGGCCUCUCCAGAUUACAGUUACUAUGCUUAUUGUGUACUGUGCAUGGAAACUCAGAUGGAAGAGAACUGUGGACUGUCUGUCGAAAUAAAUAAAAGGCUGCUGAACAAACCAGAUGCGACAGUUGAUGCAGUGUUGAAGAAAGUAGUGAAGAAGAUGAAAUUGUCGUGGACGCCUCUCGUGUCCAGUCUUUCCAUCUAUCGUUGGGCUAAUCAAGCAAUGGUGACAGAGGUUGAUCAUCCCAUGCUGCCUUUGAUUUGGCAACGAUUUUUUAGUCUUUAUCUCCAGAGACCGGUCACUGAACCUGGCCUUGCGCAGCGAUCUGGUGUAGGGUAUCGUUUCUUUGAUAGCCAGAGUUAUAGCUCCAUGUUAAAAAAAAUGAAGCAGAGACUGCAAGCCACAGCGGAACAUCACCGGAAUCGAUCCGUGGAGACCGGGGCAGACCAUGAUGCAGUCACUGAUGGUGACAGGGAAAUAAGCAAGCAGUUUGAACAAACUAGAGCAUUGCAUGAAAAACUUACAGGGUUUUAUCAAACACUGGCGUUGUGGUUGGAUGAACCGAGACUUCACGACCCCAGUCUGUACCUACCGUCAUUGCCGCCUCCUUAUGAUGCAGUCAGACUUGAGGCUUUACUCAAACCAGUACAGGAACCUUGGUUUGAUUUGAUAUUCGUGAAAAAGAUUGAUAUGGAAAUCACCGAGUCUGUGCGUUGUUGGGUAAAACACGCCCUGGGACCUCAAAAGAACCCCCCUGAGAGUAAAGCCACUGGUCAGUGGAACGACAGGAGUCCUGAAACAGCCGCCUCGAGGAUUGUUAGAAGGAUGAAGACGCACCCUGCACCGCUCCCUCCUCCCCCUGUGAAGAGAUUAGAACCCAUUUUACCCUCCAUGACAGAUGCGACUUUGAUGAACAAACAGAAGUUAUUGGGCAUAGUUUACAGUCAACUACAGGGAAUAGUCGCACAUGCAAGACAGUUUUGUGGACUUGUUGGUCAACACGUUUCCUUGGACAUUGAGUAUAUCGAGUUAAUACCUAAAAUGUACUCAAACGAGAUGUCCCAGGUUGUAGUUCAAGUUCCUUGUCGCAAACAUCAGUGUCGAGGGCCUGCCACUCUCACCGUAAAGUUCCUCGCUAAACGACCCAAUGAAGUUAUGAUCAGAAAGGUUGCUGAUAAUCGUCGUGAGCAGGAACAAGUUGUGCAGAAUUUCAUCCAACCAUGCCCUGCUCGCUUGUGUGAAGGUGCUGCUUACAUUGAGAGCAUUAUCACGUCAUUGGUAAACAAAGCAAAGUCUUCUUCGGAGAGGAACGUACAAGAGAUAAUCAGUGACAUUGGGACUGCUUUGUUUUAUCAUGUUACCGGAGCAAUGGACGACAGUGUUAUGAACUACCAACCAACUGUGCAGUUUUUUACAUCUUGUGUUGAGAUACUAGGAAAGGAAUUUAUUAUGAACAAUCCCACUCAGACAGAACAGCUUCUGUCAGCCAUCUUGGAACACACUUCCAUCUCGGUGCUGUUAGUUCCAUUUUUUAGCCCUAAUGAUAACCCUGAUUCCUUUACCACCAUGUACCGCAGAAUCCUAGAAACGGCUGAUGGAGAUCUUGUUUUCUCGUUACUCACUAAGUUUGAGAUGCGUAAGUGGUUGUCCUCACCAAACAGCAAUCUUAUGGAGAGGUCAGCCCUCACACACGCAGUGUUUGAAGCACUGAGCAGUGUUGGAUAUGAACCUCCCGAUAACAAAAGAUCUAUUUUAGAGGUGUAUUUGCGCCAUCUGUCUAUUGUUCUGAUGUACAAUUUUCCGGAGCAAUACAGUGAUGGUCUCAGGCUUCUGUGUGAAGGUUCAGGUAAGCGGACUCUUUGUCUCGAUGUAUGGGACAAGUUUCUGUCCUGUAUUGGCUGUGUUCCCACCAAUGAAAAGGAGCCUCCCACCGCGUCAAAGGAAGUACUGGGAGAUGAACAGGUGCUCGAAACUCUUGAUUGGCUCACCAAGUACUUCAGCGGUCAACGGGCUGAACUAGGAGGUCACGUGACUGGUGGCCUCUACACCAUGUGGAGGCCAUACAUCAAGCAGCUGUCUCUUGUCCUCGGUUUCAUGUGUCAGCAGAUUGUCGUCAGAAGAGCGGCUGUUGUGUAUGCCAAUCGGGGCCAAGGAUUAGAGAAAGUUCUUACAGAACUCUGGGCGCUGAUCUGCAGAGUGUUUGAGCCAUGGAUUUGCUCACAAGAGUCUCCUAUUCCUGGGAAUGUACCAGUAGCUCCUUGGAAUGAGAGUGAAGUUCCUCAAGCAGCAGAUAUGAUCAACUUGUUUACCGAUACAUUGAACUGCCUGCAGACCCAUUUAAAUGCUCCUCACAGCGGAUCAUCUAUGAUGAACAUGUUUUGGAGUUUCUUCGUAUCAUCUUUAACCAAAGAAGGAAUACCCGAAUACGUGCUCAGAGUGUAUCGCUCUAAGUUCUUUCAACUCCCAUGGCAGAGCUUCAUUCCGACAUUACACAACAUGCAACUUAUGCAGGAGCUGUAUGGUGUGUGCAAGAACAGUUUUAGGUUCCUUGGUGCCGUAUUUCCUCUGAUGGACUGGAACCACAUAAUUUCUCUGUACUCGGAGGGUCAAACCGCAGAGGCUGUGACUCGUCUCCAUUCUUCAUUGUUUCAUCUAUUGGUCAUGUUUUCAAAUGAGAAGGGAGUCAUGGCUGUACAGGGUUCCAAGAUGCCAGAGUUGCUCAAUGUUGCUCUCGCAUUUCCCUGGCAUUACCUUGAUGGAAGAACUUUCGAGCAAGUUGUCUCUUGGCAAGUUGAUAACGGUUCGGCUGAGUUGGUGCUAGACGAGAAAUCUUGCAUCUGGCAUGCGUUGAGGUUGAUCAGAGCUGCUGCAGGAAUUGUAGUCUCUGAAGAUGGCUCCAUGCAACCUACACGCCCUGACACAGCAGCAAAGCGUGCGUCGUACGUUCGAUGUGUAGCAAGUUUGCUGUCCAAGUGCUCGAUGGACACAAAACACAAAGUCAAAUCUUACGGACCAGUGAUUUUUUUUGUACUUAAAGAUAUCGAGUCUGUUGCUGGUUCAGGUGUUGAUCCAGCAAGUACUGCAUCAGAGGUGUGCAUGAUGAUGUCCGAGGCACUCAACCUCUUGAACAUUUGUUCUCCCGUGGGAGAUGUACUCCGUGUUACUCUGGACUCUAUAUUGCAGUUCAUCCGCGAUACUUCUUGUACAAUGGUUGUCUUGGUGUCCAUAUCGGCAGCUUGUAGGACCCUUGCUAACAUCCAGUACAUGGUCUCCGUUGCGGAGACUGGAAUCCAGUCAUUUUUUACAAAGUAUUCGCCACCAAACCCCACUGGGGCUCAAACGGACGUGGAUGGAGGCUGGGCACAAGUUGUGCCCAGUGUAGCGGUGCCGGAGCUCGCACAAGAUGAAUUUGUUCAAGAAUGUGUCAGGCAAGGUGCUCUGCUGACGCUCUACACAAACAUACUCCUUAAGUUGUCCUCAUGUCAAAGUCCAGUCCAAGAGAUGUCUGUUCUUACUGAUAUAGUCACGUGGUGCUCGCAAAUUAAAAUGAGGCGUGAAUUUGAAACUAAGGUUACGUUACUGUGGCACAAGAUUCUCCAACUGUCUGUGAGACAGGUUUACUAUGCAAAAGGACCUUUACAAGAUUUGACCAAACAGCUGUCAUUUCUUGCUUCGUAUCUGCAUUCGUUAGGAGAAGACAAGUCUUCUGCUGGUUUGUUAGGAGCAAUUGGAUUUGGAAAGAAGUCGCAGCUUAGUGUUCAAUUCCGGUUCAUGUGCCGCGCAUUGGAAGCUUUCCUGCUGGCACAGAUGCCUUCAAACUCUCUUUUGAGACUAGAAGCCAAAGCCCCAGGAUAUGUGCGAGAACCGAAAGGGACAAAGCAGUUAGCCCCAGGCGGACGUGUCAUUUCUUCCACUGCCGAAGCCGAGCAAGCUCUGAAUAACUUGGAAACACUUCGAGUUAACAAACAAUACGCGAGUCUAGCAGAACACAUCAUGGAAGCUUAUUCAUUUAUUGCUAAUCCUCUGAAUUCUCUCAUGGAAGGACCACAGUUUGUAGUCAUGCUUGUGCGUAAACUGUUUCCAAACGAUAGAGCAUUAGAUAUCAUCGCGGUUUAAAAAAAUCAUUGAAUCAAUGUCCUUGAUAAGAGGAAAGACAAUUUAUAUUUAGCUAUAUAAAGGAAUUUCAAAAGCGUAAUUUCUGCCCAAGUUUAUAGGCAGGAAAAAAUUACUACAAUUCACAAAUAUUGUAAUUCAUUGCGAUGAGUCAGGGAUACUAUGCGGGCAUUGCGUGGUAAUUUGUACUUUAAAAUACUAGUCGUGGAUAUGGAGUAGAGUCAGAAAAAUUUGGGAAUCCGAGCGUUCCACCCAGACAUCAGAAUAUUCCUCGCUUAAGAGACUAAAAACGAAUCGACGUUGCUAAGCAACUCUAUAUUUCAGGAGCUCGAAUAGCCAAAUGACGUCGGACAUUUUUCGGCUACUGGUGAGAUUUCGCCGAGGAUGCUAUAUUUUGUUACUUUAAUUUCUGACCGUUAGAAGUGCCUAAAGUAAAUAGUGAUUUCGCUGCUUUCUCUAUUACCUUUCUGUCGAUGAUGUUGGACAAACACAGAAAUCUAGGCUAUUAAUGUACUAAAAAGAAAAAUCAGUUUCCACUGUGAUUCUGUGGACCUGCUCCAAUUUAAAUUGGUAAUAAAAUUCCUUCACUAUGUACAAGAUA